CCUAUAACAGCCCGUAACAGUAGCUUCAAGAAGGACAACAGCACCACCUCAUCUAUCGGUAUCCCACUUUUUCCUUUGUUCCCCGCCGGCCUUUCUUUUAACCUCCGAUUCUCAGUUUCCACCCAAAAAAAUUCAACAUACAUAAACAAAUAAUUUCCAAAAUUAAAGAAAGAAAAAAAAAAAAAACACUAGAAAAUAACGUGAACGGAUCCACCUUUAUUUGUAGUAAACAUCAACAAAUAUAUACGUACUAGUAAUUAAAGAAAAGUAAUUGGUAAAGAAAUAAAAAGGGGAGAGUUAUAUCGAAUCUCCGGCGAGGCAAGGGGAUAGGUGGAGAUGAUGGGAAUGGAUGACUUACAAGUACCGGCGGCGGUGAUUGCUUUCAAAUUGAGGAACGCAUCUAAUUGGUGGGAAGAUAUUAAUCAUUCGGUAAUGUGGCAGGAUCGCAUCUUUCACGUUCUUGCCGCUCUUUAUGGUCUCGUCGCUGCUGUUGCUCUCGUUCAACUGGUUCGGAUACAAUUGAGAGUCCCAGAGUAUGGUUGGACCACACAGAAGGUUUUCCACUUUCUCAAUUUCCUGGUGAAUGGGGUUCGCUGUCUAGUAUUUAUCUUCCGCCGUAAUAUAGAGACCAUACAUCCACCGAUUAUUCAACAUAUAUUGCUUGAUAUGCCAAGUCUUGCUUUCUUCACCACUUAUGCACUUCUGGUUCUCUUCUGGGCUGAGAUUUACUAUCAGGCUCGUGCAGUAUCCACUGAUGGACUUAGGCCAAGUUUCUUCACAAUUAAUGCCAUAGUUUAUGCUGUUCAGAUUGCUAUGUGGCUGGUUUUGUGGUGGAAACAUUAUCGAGUGGUGGUCAUCAUCUCUAAGAUGUUUUUUGCAGGUGUAUCUUUGUUUGCAGCUCUUGGUUUUCUACUUUAUGGUGGAAGGCUCUUUUUGAUGUUGCAGCGCUUCCCUGUAGAAUCUAAAGGGAGGCGUAAGAAGCUGCAGGAGGUUGGCUAUGUUACCACUAUUUGUUUCUCAUGCUUCCUAAUCAGAUGCAUUAUGAACUGUUUCAAUGCAUUUGAUAAAGCUGCAGACCUUGAUGUUUUGGAUCAUCCAGUUUUAAACUUCAUAUAUUACCUGCUGGUGGAGAUUUUACCUUCUUCAUUGGUUCUCUUCAUUUUGAGGAAAUUGCCUCCGAAACGUGGCAUCACACAAUAUCAUCCUAUACGUUGAGAGAAAAAUAAAGAGUUGGAAAUGUAAUGGACUGAGCAAAUCUUGAGAAUGGAUGUGAAAGCUUGCAUUCGCUUGGGAGAUGCAGAAGUCUGAAGGCUGUGGAGAGAACAGCAGGGGAGGGGCAAAACUUGACCUUUUUUUUCAGGGAGUUAACUGCUGAUCCCAUGGAGUCUAAAAUGUAUGUUUGUUUGUUGGUUUGUUGUCUGUAGGAGGUUGUAGAUUGUGUUGAAAGGACAUGGCGGCCUAAGGAAAGGAUUGUAAAAUAUGACCAAUUGCGUUGCGAUCUUUGUUAAUGUAUGCACUUGCAUCUUAUCUUAUCUUAUGAUUGGUUGGAUAA